AUGAAUUUUAGUGAUGUGUUGCGAAAAGAUGAAUUUGGUCAUGCUCCUCAAAGGGAACUUGAUUGUGAAAUUCAACAACCCUAUCAGUUUAGAUCUAUAACAGGUAAUAAAUCAAAGAAUAAAAUUCCCUCUUACAGAAUUGCUUGGACUUGUACUGGCACAUUGGAUUUUCCCACGGUAACAUCAUUUUUAGCUUUACAUCCUCUAUUCAAUUAA